CGUCGUCAUACUGUAGGUAUAAGAUCUUGGGGCUUCUGAGCCACUGAACUUUUCCGCUUUGUUCAAACCGAUAAAGGUGAAGUGGAAAGGAUGGUUAAACGUCUAAUGUUGCUAGUAAGUGACUGGAUGCUUGCGGCCUGCUCCUUUCAUGAUGAUGUUACAUUUAUAUCAGGUCGUGUCUCGUGUCGCCUGGCUGUCCUUCUAAAUCUGCUUCUAUUCUCGUGCCUGUACUCUCCUCGCCGAUGUUGGCGGUACUCGAGGUUGACGCAUGCCGUGUCCUCCACGCAUGUCCGGAUCAUGCAAUUCGUCCGCUACGUGAUAGCUGUAUAUUCGCAAUUCCCAUUCUUCCUGCGUACCAACACAACGGCUUGCUCCUGAUGCAGCACGAGGCAUAAAGUACCUGGGCUUGCCAAGGGUUUGCCGACAUCGAUUUCAUAGCAAAGUCGAAAUGCCAACCUCGAUUGAACGACGAUCAGAUCCAAGUAG